AUGGCAUCUGCAACCUCUCCAUCCCUUUACACCCUCGAGUCUCAACAGCAGGACUCCGUGCGCUUCCAUGUCGAUGAAAAAGGGGUUAUAGCGACUCAUCUUGUCCCCCAGGACCUCUUUGACGACCCCGACGAUCCCAACUAUCCGAUAACACAAAUCGAUGGCGCAGAACGCUUGACUUUGUCUCGAGGAGCGUCAGGGCUAGCGCCACCCGGAGCUCAAGUCGCACAGGAUCACACAUCCUCCAGAUCAGGUUCAGUCAUCCUCGAGAAGCAGCCUGUACCCGAGAUAAAGAUGCCUGACAAAAAAUACACCCGCGUCUUGCGUAACCUACGGUGGACUAUUUUCUCCGUGUAUCGCCGCCUCAACGCCCUGGCUCUGACUGCCAAUGUCAUUGCCAUCAUUGUGCUGGCUACACAGCAUAACCUCCUCUCCAUGUCACCAGAGUGGGCUGCGACGGCCGUAUCUAUCAAUCUGACUGUGAGUGUCCUGGUCCGACAGGAACUGGUCAUCAAUGCGCUCUUCUGGACAUUUGGCCAGUGUCCCCAGUGGUUCCCACUGCGUUUCCGUCGGCUAGCCGCAAAGAUCUAUCAUCUGGGUGGCCUACAUAGCGGCGCAGGCGUAUCGGCAGCAGUGUGGUUUGCCUUCUUCAACGUGUCGACGGUCAGAGCAUUACAAACUGGAGCGCUGCAAAGACAUCAGAACAGCAUACCCAUCAUCACCGUCGUCCUCGAUGUCCUCCUGAUCUCCAUAAUCACUAUGGCUCACCCCGGCAUACGCGCGAGAAUGCACAAUCAAUUCGAGUUAGUCCAUCGCUUUGCCGGCUGGACUGCCGUGGCAUUGUUCUGGGCCGAAUUCGGACUCUUGACAGAUGCAAGAGUCCACAGUGCCUCCAUCAACGUCUCAGCGCAACAACUGGUUCUCGGCAGCCCUAUCUUUUGGACUCUUCUCAUCGCCACCAUUUCAAUUGCGUUGCCGUGGAUAUGGCUGCGGAAGGUUUCGGUGAAUGCAGAGCCAUUAUCAGAUCAUGCUAUCCGCCUCCACUUUACAUAUACAAACUUGCCUCUCUGUGCUGCCCCUCGGCUUUCGGACAGUCCGCUCAUGGAAUGGCAUGCAUUUGCCGGCAUCCCAGGAGAAGACGGCUGCGGCUUCUCUGUCCUUGUUUCCAAGGCUGGAGAUUGGACAUCACGGUUGAUCAGGUCGCCGCCCACGAAGUUGUGGGUUCGUGGCAUUCCCACGAUGGGGGUGCUUCACGUGGCUCCGAUCUUUAGGAAGAUGGUCCUAGUCGCCACUGGCUCGGGCAUUGGUCCCAUCAUGUCACUGUUGCAUAAGAGGGACAUCUCGUGCCGGAUACUUUGGUCGACUCCUGAUCCCGAAGUCACAUACUCCAAGCGCGUCAUCGAGGUUGUUCGUCGAGCUGAUCCUGAAGCUAUCAUCAUCAACACCACCGUGUCAGGAAGACCGAACCUUGUCAAACAGACCUACGAGCUGUUUGUACUGUCAGGCGCGGAAGCGGUGUUUGUCAUUUCCAACCCCAAGGUUACUAGAAGGGUGGUUUAUGACUUGGAGAGCCGGGGAGUUCCUAUUUUCGCUCCCAUCUUCGAUUCAUAA